AUGUUUGACUGGUUUGAUGAACCAAUUGUAUACUACAGACGCUUUGCCCCAAUGCGCUCCGGUGUCUUCGAUUACAUGUCACGUUGGAUGGACUCUGUAGAUCGUGAGAUGGAAGAAGCAUUCGGUGACUUUUAUGAUGCAUUUACUCGUCGCCAAGUUCCUCAUGAUAUGAUCAAAGAUGGCAACAAGAAGGAGAACAAGAAGGGUGCUAGCAAGAAGGGCAAUGAGAAGCCAAAGAAGGAAACUAAGCAUGAAGAAAAGGAAGCUGCCCAAAGCGAAGACGAAGUCGAUGAUGAAGAAAAUCCACAAUACUACUCAAUCACAUCAUCAAUGUACAGUGGCUCCGAUGGUAUCCAGCAUAUGCACCGUGAAGAAGUUGAUUCAAAGAGUGGACUUCGCAAAGUUGUAGAUACAAAACGUAUCGGCAACAAGUCUGUUACUGUUCACGAAGUUACUGAUAAGGAUGGCAAAGUUGAGAAGCACCAAACUUUGAAGAACAUCCAUGACGAUGAACUCGAAGACUUCUUGAAGAAGUGGAAUGAAAGCAAUGUUCCAGCACAUUCCUCUCUUCCAGAACCAAAGGACAAGCCUAAGAAAGAAGAAAAGAAGGAAGAGAAGAAAGAAGAAAAGAAGGAAGUGAAGAAAGAAGAAAAGAAGGAAGAAAAACAAUGA